AUGGCGUCGACUACGAAGCCGAGCGACAAGAUCGCAGACCCCAAGCUGCUCCCUAACCGGCCAGAGAAGAAAAUCCUUCCGAUACGUUCCCGAAUCCGGAAACGUCCUCUCCCUGGCCCGUUUCCCACCCUCAAGCCCAGCGCUACUCCCUCACCCACCGUACAAAGUGCCGAUCCAGACGGCUACAUCCCCUCGCCGCGGGCAGCGCACACCGUCAUCAUCAAGGUCGCAUCCAACGCGACUUUCAUGAGCCUAGUUAAGCGCGCGCGCAAAGCACUCGAUAAGGUGCCGCAGGAAACAAAGGGACUCCCGCUGGCGGCCCGUAUGGCGAAUCUCGAGGCGCGAAAGAGCAGCAAGAGCCGGGCAGCGGCUGACGGACCUGUUGAGGAUGCCCUCGACGAUGUGGUCUUGGUGGCUACCGGCAGAGCCAUUCAAAAGGCUAUCGAGGUUGGGUGUUUCUUCAUGCGUGAGAAGCAGCUCGUUGUCUCGACGCGGACCCGGACGCUACAGGCGAUUGAUGAUAUUGUAAUGGAGGAUGAGGACGCCGACGAGGAGGAUCAGGUCAGAGUCAGGAACGUCAGCUGUAUCGAGGUGGGCAUUCGGUGGGCGCUAUAG